AUGAAUAAAACACUGUACGGCAUAUUAGUUCUGCAGUUGGGGAGAUGCAAAACACUCACUGAUAUGGUGAGGAAAAGAAAGGUGCCAGCACCAGAUCAUUCUGAAACAGAGAACGCAAGCGGAAAUAGGCAGAGUGCCCAGGUCGAAGAAAAAGAGGAGGAUGCAUUCUGCCGCAUAUGCUACUCGCAUGAAAACCCGCUGGGCCUGCUGAAUGACCUAAUCAGCCCAUGCGGCUGUAAGGGGACCAUCAAGUAUGUCCACAGGUACUGCCUGCGCGUAUGGCGGUUUAAAGGGAAGCAGGUGAAAGACAUCAAGAUAUGCGAGCAGUGCUUCUGUGAGUAUUCAGUGGAUGAUGAGAAGCAAGUGGGCAGGGCAGUCGUGACUGUGUCAACAGUUGCAGUUAUGAUCUCUCUUCUCAUUCUCACAAGCAUGUUUAUCACGUCGACUGCAGACACUGCUAGGUUCAUUCUAAACGACAUCUACACAUACAUGCAUGGCAACUCAAGAAUGAUUUCUUUUGAUAGGCCUAUCAUUAUAUGCAACAUGGACUCAGUGGUUGCCAUGAAAAACAACCAGAACCCGCUGCGCACCUCUUUUGUUCUCCAGAAAAUAGAAAGCUCUGCAGAUCCAAACAUAGACCACUUCGCAAGCAUCAAAAAGAAGUACAUCUACAACCUAAAGAAUAUACACCUACUGGACAUAGAAAAGGGAGACUCUUUUAUGUCAGUGGCCAUCAUGAGCAUGAUUUACACAAUUGCCUGCGAAGACAAUCCUGUGCUGUUCAUUAACUUCGCUCUUUCUUUCUGGAGAAUCAUCGCAUUUGACACCUUUUUUGACUGGUUCCUAUAUGGGAUGAUCUGUCUGUAUAUAUACUCCCAGAUGUUUGAGAAAAUUUAUAAGCUCAUCGAUAAUUACUGCAUGUAUGUUAUCAACGUAUGCUAA